UCUUCCCCAGCUCCACUCGCUCACCUAUUUGAACUGAAACACACUUUCAGAGAAAGCGCCCUUCACGGAAGACCAACAUAUGGGAAUAUUUCGAGGCUCGCUUUCAUUUUUAAAGCUCCCCGCGUUGCAUUUUUCCUCUCUUUUGCCUGGAAGCGCUCCCUGGAGAACAGGAGCUUUUUAAAAAUACUUUCUCAAACUGCGCUUCUUUUAUUUAUUUUAAGUGGGUUCCUCUCUUUCCACGCAUGCGAUGUCACGGAUUACCAAAAGGAGAAAGAAACGUUUGAGUUCAUAUCCAGUGUUUCCAGGUGAAAGUGAUUUCUGAGUGUUUUUUUAAAGAAACCAGUUGAGCAACUGGCGACAGGACUCGAUAAUCAAUGUGGUGUCAGCUGGAAGGACGCGCGGUCCGGAUCUCACCUAAACGCUGAUACGUCCUGGGAGUGAUGCACUGGCUUCCCCUGGUUGCCAUGGUGAUCGCCUCGGCCCUGCCCUUCCCUCACGACCCCGCGACCGCGCAGCCCAGCGAGGAUCGGAAACAAACCCCCACGUCGGAAGUCGAGAACCGGAUAAUCUACGAACCGUUCAGCAGUCCGGACGUUCCCGCAGAAGAAGAAGAAGAACCGCUCAGGACCGAGGAAAUUUCCCAGGAAAACUCUCUACCGAAGGACUACAAAGCCAGCAGGAAAGAUGGCGACUCGAACUCGAUGCCGCGCCAUUUUAGGACAGGCGCAGCCGAGGACAGCCCCGCCGUAGAUGUCGGGUUGGGUCUGGAAAUAGACGAAAUGUUUCUGGACGCACAUCCCCGCGUCCUGUUCUCGCCCUCGCCGUCGCCGCCGGAGCAUCCGCCGCUGCUGCUGAUGUUGGAGAACGGGCUAAUGGAGGACGACAGCGACGGAGACAUAGAGGGUCAUGGUGAUCGCGCCGCCGACCGGACCACGCCUACUCCGACAUGGGCGGACUACCACAGGGGCCCCGCCGACGAGGCCUACCGCCCGGUGAAGCGGGACAAACGUUCACACCUAAUGGACACGCGCAGGGGGGAGAAGUCCGUAUGCGAGUCGGAAAGCGCGUGGGUCAACAACAAAACCACCGCCAUCGACUCGCACGGCGAGCGGGUCACCAUCGUCCCGCAGAUCCAGACAAUGACGGGCGCGCUCAAGCAGUACUUUUACGAGACGCGGUGCCGCCGGCCCGACGAGCAGAGCGGCUCGAGCAGGACGCGGGGAGCGGGCGCGAGGUCCGCGGCGGCUGGCGUCGCCGGGGCCAGCUGCCUCGGUGUGGAUAAAAAACAAUGGCGGAGCGAGUGCAGAGAGAAGCAGUCGUACGUCCGCGCGCUCUCCAAGGACGCCAAGAACAAGAUGGGGUGGCGGUGGAUCCGGAUAGACUCGUCCUGCGUCUGCGUGCUGCUGUCCAGAACAAAUCAGGGGAAGGACGUGAUGACGAGGCGCAGGAGAGUCUAACGCAAAGAAGGACGUUGUUUCUCCUUCCCCCAUUUUAUGACUUUUACACACAAAGAAAACAAGAAAACCUCAAUGCUAAAUGAAUUUAGGGAAACUGUUAUAUAGACAGAGGUGGGUAGAAAACAACGACAUGUUAGGACCAAUUAAAAAGGAGAACAUUUCUGAAAAAAUUUAGAAAACUCUGAGCAUCAGAAUUGAAGAUUUGCAAGAAAUGUUUAAACACCAUCUAAUUUUUUUCCAGAAAAGAAGGAAAUGUCAUAACUUGAAUCAAAUUUCCUAGAAAAAAGAUGGAAGCUUUUUGGUUUUAGCAGUCGGAAAUUUGUAAGAAAGAGAAAAAUCCAAUUUUGAGAUCUAAGAAAUUUUCUAGACAAAAAUUGUAAAUUUAUGAGAAUGAAAAGUAAAAAAUUGGCAGAAAAAAAGUUACAAUUUUUGAGAUCUGAGAAAUUUUCUAGAACGUAAUGGGAAAUAUGAGUUGGAAAAGUCAAAAAUUUACAAGUAAACCAAAAAUGUUGAGAUCUCAGAAAAUUUCUACAAACAACAAGAACAUUUCUGAGUUAGAAUUCGAAAAAAAAUAACUUAAGUUUGAAGUAAAAGUGUGAGAAAAAACUCGUAUUUUGAGGUCUCAAAAAAUGUUAUAGAAAAAGUUUUUCCAAAAGUCAAAUAUUUUUGACUUUUGAAACUCUUAAAUUUCUGAAGUUUUCUAGAAAAAAAAACCUCCCCCAAAAAAAGAUGUUUUCUUGGCAGAAAUGUACUCCUUUUUUCCUUACCUAGAAUGGCCCUCAUACGUUGUUGUAGAGAACCCAAAUAUUGCACUCAAGUCAGAGUAGCCCAACUUCAACAAGGGACGCAAACAAUUAAUAAUAUAAUUAGUUAAAAAAAUUUGCUCAAAUUAAUUAAGUCAGAUUGGCUGCAAUCCAGCAGAGGGCGCUGCUGGUCAUGCUUAAACGAGCCAGUUGAUACAGAAACAAAGAUGGCAGCACAAUACCAGAACGGGAAAGAGAAGUGGUCCAAACAAAGUGAUGCAAGAUGCACUUUAAGGGGUUCUGUUCAGAAAUGUAAACAUUUGACAAACUCCUAAAGUUUUACAAUGUUUUUUUUUUUUUUUUUUUUUUUUUUUUGAUGCAGCAUAUUAUGACAAAUUUAGCCCUUUGUAUUAUGGAAACCUUCAUACCUUCAUACAAAAGAAAACUCAGAUUUGGAACGAAAUGGCGGCUUUUUGACUCAUUGAUUGAUAACAUGCAUCCCUAAACUCAACACAUUUUCACUCAAGUAAAAUUACUCAAGAGCGACUGAUCAGAUUAUCUGAUUUAAUAUUAAUAAAUGUGAAGUUGUGUCCAAACUCUGGUAUUUUAAAGACUAAAGUGAAAAGAUUUCAAAAUAACAGAUUGAGGCAGCAGAUGAAGGAUAAAUUCAAAUAAAAUAAAAAAACUACGAAACUAAUACAAUCAAAUGUACUUUGCUGGAACAAGGUGAAAUACUUCCAGUGCCAAAUGGUUCAGCAGACAGAAAAUUAGAAAAACAAUUCAGUGAAAUUAGCUCAAGAAUAGCACUACUUUAUAAAAUAUAUUACUAAAGUAAAAGUCUGUUUCAAAUAAAUGUAACUAGUUACUACCCACCUCUGUAUAUAGAGAUUUUACACCAAGAAAUGCUGUUUUUGUAUGAUUUAUCUUUCAUAACCUAAGUUAUUUUUGCCUAGUAUGUAAGCAUGUUUUUGAUAAUAUAUUUCCUGCCGUGUCUAAAACACGACACCAGUAUAUCUUUUCUGUAUCGCCGUGUGUAUUUAUAGAAGACGUCUUCAUGCAGUAGUAGCUCUCUCCGGUGUCUGAUGAUGAUUCCAGCCUUUGGGUCACUCGUCUUGUAAAAGCAAAGAGCGCCACCUACUGAGAUUUCAUUUCACUGCUCCAAACUCUUAAAGCUGUGGGUGAAUUGUACAGGAUCUGGGUUGUAAAUUAUGUGACACCUAAAGAAGAUCUGAUUACAUGAUAUGAUAAUAAAAGGCAUUUGUAUUUUAAUACUUUUGAGCACCUUCCAAUGCAUUGGUUUUGUUCGUGUCGUUAAGAUUUUGUUUAUUUUCAAGUAGAAAUU